AACAAAAAAUAAACCAAUCAAACAAGCGGUAAUAAACGUUCCGCAGUGUUUUGGUUUCCGGCUUAAAUCUCAUAAUCAAUCAUAUGGUUUGUAACCUUUAAAAAGUUAACUUUCCAACGUCGAUCACAAAAUGUUGCUCAACUUGGUUUUACGUUCCCUUCGACGUUCCCCUCUGGGUGGGGUUCGCAGCGUUUGGACAGGAAGGAACACGCUGGCGGAGGAUGACCCUGAGCUUUCUGCCAUCAUCUCAAAGGAGAAAAACAGGCAGGUCACUGGACUUGAGCUUAUCGCAUCAGAGAACUUUGCCAGUAGAGCAGUGAUUGAGGCGCUGGGCUCGUGUUUAACUAACAAGUACUCUGAGGGCUAUCCUGGAGCAAGAUACUAUGGUGGUAACGAGUACAUCGACCAGGUGGAGACGCUCUGCCAGAAGCGAAGCCUCGAGACUUUCCGGUUGGAUCCGGCACAGUGGGGUGUGAAUGUGCAACCAUAUUCUGGGUCUCCAGCAAACUUUGAGGUGUUUACGGGCCUUCUGAACCCACAUGACCGAAUUAUGGGCCUAGAUCUACCGGAUGGGGGACACUUGACUCACGGUUUCAUGACUGACACAAAGAGGAUCUCUGCAACUUCUAUUUUCUUUGAAUCUAUGCCUUACAGAGUUAAUCCUGAGACUGGUAUUAUAGACUAUGAAAAACUCCAUGAAACAGCUCGCCUGUUCCGUCCUAAGCUCAUUAUCGCAGGCACCACGGCAUACUCUCGUCUCCUUGACUACAAGAAAUUCAGAGAGAUCUGUGAUGAAGUGAACGCUGUGAUGUUAGCGGACAUGUCACACAUAUCUGGCCUAGUGGCGGCGGAUGUCAUCCCAUCUCCUUUCGAGUACGCUGAUGUUGUCUCAUCCACCACUCACAAAACUCUGAGGGGGCCAAGGGCUGGCAUCAUAUUUUUCCGCAAGGGUCUGAAGGGAAAGGACAAGAAGGGCAAUGACAUCCUGUAUGACUACGAGAAGCGCAUCAAUGGGGCCGUGUUCCCCUCAUUGCAGGGCGGGCCACACCAGCAUCAGAUUGCUGCCAUAGCAACUGCAAUGAAGCAGGCCCAAUCCCCAGAUUUCCGUGAAUACCAGAAGCAGGUGGUUGCCAAUGCCAAGGUGAUGGGGGAGGAACUGGUGAAGAAGGGAUACAAGGUCAUCUCAGGUGGUACAGACAAUCAUCUUAUCUUGAUGGAUCUCAGGCCGAGUGGCACAGAUGGCACACGCACAGAGCGGGUGCUCGAGCUUUCUUCCAUCACCGUCAACAAAAACACGACGGCCGGUGAUAAAAAUGCCUUCACCCCAGGAGGGCUGAGACUAGGUUCUCCAGCACUGACCUCGCGCGGGUUCAAGGAGAAGGAGUUCAAGCAGGUGGUGGAGUAUUUGGACCAGGGUAUCAAGUUGACCAUAGACAUCCAGAAGAAAACAAAGACGCUAAAGGACUUCAAAGAGUACGUGGUGGAAAACAACCAAGACACGGAAAGGAUCAAGAAGCUGCGGGACCAGGUGAACAAGUUUGCAUGCAGCUUCAACAUGCCUGGGCUGGAGGGAAGAUAACUCUGAUGCAGAAUGACUGGGAUAAAAGGGAGGGCACUGGGCAUUAUUAACUGUUGUCAUUAUUAACUGAUUUUGCGGAUUAAAUUAGUUGUAAAAAUUGUCACAAAGUUGGUCACCAAAAGCUGACACUCUGCAUUAAUCACUUUUAUUUAUCUUUUUUUUCUUCAUUUAUUAGAAUGCUUCACAUUUAAAUUCAAUUCAAAAAUUUACUAGCAUACUUAGUUAACAGCCAUUUCACUUGGAUGAAUUAUUUUUUGUAAAUAAAAUUAUAUAUACUUUGUUA